AUGCAAAAUGAUAAUGCAUACCUAGUUAAGAGAAAAUUAGGAAAUGGCUCAUUCGGUUGUGUAUACUUAGUAUGUGACAUCAAAAGUAACCAAGAAUUUGCCUGCAAAAUUGUGUCUAAAUCUAUGCUGAGCAAAUAUUAGGCUGAGGGGAUGGUGAGGUAGGAGAUUCAAAUUCAAUCAAGCAUCAACCACAGAAAUGUAGUAAAAGUGUUUAAUUCAUUUGAAGAUACUAAAAACAUCUACAUCAUUUUAGAAUAUUGUAAGGAGGGUUAAUUGCAACUCCCCUCACAACCUUAUACAAAUAAGCAACUAAUCUAAUUCCUCAACCAAAUGCUCAGCGCUCUUGAUUCUAUUCAUCAAAUGAAUCUUGUGCAUAGGGAUAUCAAAUUAGACAACAUUCUAGUUCAUGAGGAUGGAUCAUUCAAGCUUUCAGACUUUGGAUGGGCUACCCAAACAUCUUAAAUUAAGCCAAUCCUAUGUGGUACAACCGAGUAUAUGCCUCCAGAAGUUGUCAAGAACUAAAUCCAUGACCAAAAAGUAGACUCCUGGUCAUUAGGAGUAGUACUCUAUAUUUUGACACACUGCAGAAAACCUUUUGUGGCUAAAACAGAUCGUGAAUUAAUUAAAUUAAUUUCUGAAAAUGAAAUUAAAAUUGAUACUUCAUUGGAUGAAAAUCUAUAAAUCCUCAUUCAAGCAUUGCUUACCAAAGAUCCUGUUUAUAGACCCAAUAUCCAAUAGCUCUAUUUCAGCAAAUGGAUCAAAUUCCAAAUGAAACUGCAUAAUAUCUUCAAUAAAUACGAGCAUGAAAAACUAAAGCAUAAAUUCAUAAAUCAAAAGAUUGAGAUAAAAUCUGUAGAUAAUCGAGCUAUCUAGUAGAGAAAGAAGACUAUCACUUCAGAUUCAUCUCUAUCUCAUAGUAUUAGUACCUAGUUGAGCAAUUGUGACAUGAACGAAUCAGGAGUGGUUGAAAAAUAGAAAUAGGAUAAACUAUGA